AUGAAGACUCUUUUUUUUUUUUUUUUUUUUUUCUUCCUUUCUUUUCUCUUCUCUCAUAAAUAUACAGUGUUUUCAAAGUUUUUUGUCGUGUCACGAGAAAAUCCUUUUCGUGAUGUUAUUAAACAAAAUAUCGUACUUUCCCAAAAUGGAUGUCGCAUUACCACUCUUUUAGAUAUCGCUUUAGAGAUGUCGGUAGAGAUACGACUAGACGUUGAUGAAAUUUUAAUUGGCUGUUAUCGGAGUGCUGGAUCAUUCCAAAAAUCCGGAGAUAAAAAAAUUGGCCCUGAUCUCCUUCUUGCCUUUCUUUUCCUUUUUCCUUUCCUUUGGACCAAUGACCGUUUGAGCGUGCAAGAUAACAAAUUGCACAUAAAUGCAAUGAUACUAAUCUACAUUGUAUCGCUCUUAAAGUCUCUCAUUCUCAUUCUCUGAACUAAUCUAUUUUUUUAAUUGUCUUUUACCCAAUGUUUACUCUUUAAGCGAAAAUACAGUAGAUAGAUAAACAACGAGAAUAUACAAUAGGAUCAACUGGAUGUACAACAGGGUUUCAAUUGAACAAAGAAUGGCAAGUCAAAUGGUGGUAAAGAUAUCACUCUUCUGGUUUAGGUCGCUUCUCUUAUCCA